AUGAGCGUGGGGACGUCCGAGGCGCCCUUCUCCUUGGAGGAGUGGUACGCGACGCUUGCGCCGCUGCAGGACAAGCAGCGGCUAUCGGUAAGCCGCAUUUCUGCGUGGACAUCCACAGAGAGCGAAGAAAGCGAGGAAAAAGACGUACCAAAAGCGGCAGGGGAAGGGAGCAGCCUCGCGGCCUUUCUCGCGCGCGUCGCCGACGAGGUGGACGCGGCGAGUGCGACGCAGCACGACGCGCAGAUCGAGGCGCUGAAGCAGACGAUUGCUGAUCUCGAUGCGCUGCUCGCCUCGAUCGACGCGUGCCAGGUCAACAUGGCCGAGAUGCGCGCGGGCCUCGCGUUUGUCGAGGAGAGCGCCCAAGAGCUCAUGGGUCAGGCCGAAGGCAUGAUGGCCGAGCAAAGCAAGCUCGACAAGCUCGCUGAGCAGAUUUCGCUGCGCCUCUCUUACUUCUCCGUGCUGCCACAAGCGACGGCGCUCGUUUCGUCGCCGACGAACGAUAUCGUCGAGACGCGCGCGUUUCUCGAUAUGCUCAAGCGCCUGGAGCUCGCGCUGCAGUUUAUGAACUCGAACUCGCAUUACUCGGAUGCGCAGCUGUAUCAGAUGCGCAUUAGCCACUGCCUUGUGCGUGUCAUGACCAUGGUACGCCUGCAGUUUGCCAAGCGGGGCGCACAAACCACCGACACGGCGCUCGCCCAGCUGCAAGAGGUGAACCACACGCGCGACUUUACCUCGGACACGGCGACGCUCGACCUCUACUCGGGCCCGAUGACCGAGGCCUUGUACGGCGGUUUCGUGUCGCUCCAGGCGAGUUUCCGGCCGCUGUUUGCAGAGCUCGAGCAGCUUGAGACGCCCAGCGCCGCGCCGAGUGCCGCGCUGAUUGCGGUGGUGCCGGCGUCCGGCGAAGAAUACCACGAAAUCCUGGAAGAGUGCCGCGCGACGUUUUGUCGCUGGCGUAUGUUGCUCGCCAAGGAAUCGCUGCGUAUGUACCUCAACGACCACGGACGGCGCAUACAGUCGCCGCAGGACCUUGCUUUCUCUCUCGAACAGGCGGCAGGGUUUGUGCAUGGGCUUGCGUGCCAGGAAGUUGCGCUGUAUACCACCUUUUUCUGCGCUGCUUCGCUCAAAGGACGCCACGAAUCGCCCUCGGCGCCGACGCGCCUCUUGCACGCGCUUGGCGAGCAGCUCCUUGCAUUUGCCAGCAGCAGCCUUCCGUCCACGCCGCACGAGCUCGCGGCGCUCUGUGCCGUAUUCCAGACGAUGCCACCGCCCAAGGCCACGGCGCUGCCCCUUGCAACGAGCGGAUCCGAUUUGCUGGAUGCCGAACAGCAGCACCAACGCGCGCUCGCAUGGAUGCAGCCGGUGCUCCAUGACCUGUGUACGCGCCUCGUAAAGAGCGCGAAUGCGGUAGUAAAAUCGGACAUUGUCUCGUUUGCACCAAAACACGAGGACCUGCUCUAUCCCCAGGUGCUCCUUGAGCAGCGGCAGGCGAUCGCCGAAGAGCAGGCGGCGCUUGCCAAGGCGACGCGCGAAAAGGUCCUCAAGCACACUAAGCGCGCGUCUGCCGUCGGGGCGGGUCUGCUCGAGUCGCUGGUCGGCGACAGAAAAGCGUUGGCGCUCUUUUCCCAGCCGUCGGCGGCGGUGUAUGCAUCGUGGUACGUGCCGGUGCGCACCUCGCUCGAGCUGCUUGCGAUGCUGCAUACCCACGUUCCCAUUUCAUCGCUAAUCGAUGUGGGAAUGAAGUGCAUUGACGGAGCCCAGAGCGCCGUGGCGCACGCCGCAAACCUUCUCCGCGACGGCAAGUAUGGCGCACCAGAAGGCGCAGUCGGCGCGGUGGACGGCCACCUCUUCCAGCUGCGGCACCUCUUUGUCCUCCAAGAGCUCUUUUACUCGGUCGAGAUUGCGUCGCGUUCCGCAGUGAGCCAUGCAGCAAACGACCCCAGUGAUAUGCAGCUCGAUGCGCCGGGCAUGCAGAUCUUUGGCGUGCGUGUCGCCGAUGCGAGUGUCGUGCUGGACACGAUCAACUCACUCUGGAGCGCGACCCGCUUCCUCUCGAGUGAGCCAAAAGUGCCGCCGCUUUCCCACGACGAGCGCUCGCACCUCAACCAGCAUACCCAGACCGCGCUUGACACGACACGGCAGCAGCUACACACUUCGAUUGUGGACGCCUCGGCGAUGACGAGCGAGCUGGCCUCGGCGAACCUCGCGCUGCCCUUGCAGAUUUUCCUCGCGCAGGCGCAGCGGGCGGCGCCCGACGCGAGCAAGGCCUUGGCGGCAUGGACCACCUUUCAGCAGAGCUUGGACGUGAAUCUGGACGAGCUACGAGAGAAGGUGUUGGUCUACAUCAGCGACGAUGCGACUGUGGCGAAUAUCAUGGAUACGGUGGUGAAACGCACCGUAGAGACCUACCAUGCGUACAAGGCGCUUGUCGACGACAUCCACACGCAGGACGGCGCGUCGAGCGAAUCCUUGUCCGCGCUCGCGCCGCCGCACGAGGUACAGGCGAUGCUUACGCGCCGCCUGCAGCCGGCGCUGGACCGUGCCCCAUAG